AUGGAAGAAGACAAAAGAACUAUUAUAGAAAGUGGGAAAAUUCGUUCUAUAUCUUAUGUCCGUGAUGUUUCGAGUAAAAGUGAUGGAUGUUAUAUGUUUAAACAAGGGAAAAGUUGUGUAAUUUCAGGAGUUAAUGCACCUCGUGAUUGUCCUAAAAAAGAAGCUAACCCAGACCGAGCAAUUGUAAAAGUAGAAGUUUAUGAACGAUGUUCUAGUUUUGAUAAUCAAAGAAGAACUGAAUUAGAAGAGUUUAUUAAAAGUGGUGUUGAAUGGACUGUCCUUAGUGAACAAUAUCCUAAUGGAUUAAUUAAUGUCUGUAACCAAAUAGUUAAAGAUGAUGGUUCAAUUGAAGCUGUUACAAUGAAUGCUGCUAUGUGUGCACUUUUAUUUAGUGGUGUAGAUAUGAAAGGGAUAGUUGUAGGAAUGUGUGUAGCUGGAAAGAUAAAUGAUAAAGGAACAAUUGAAAUAGUCAUUGAUCCAGAUGAUUCAAUUAGUUAUAAAUGGAAACUUUUUACAAUUUGGGACACUGUUAAAGGAGAAAUAGUAGCAAUGAAAAUGAAAGGAAAAUGUAGUGAUGAUCAAUUAAAAAUGAGUAUGGAUGUUUCUAAAAAGAAUGCAGUUAAAAUAGUUAAAGCUAUUAAAAUGGUGAUAGAAAAACAAUAUCCUCAUUGA